CAUGGAAACAAACUUCGUUUACUAACGUUAAUCGACAGAGCGGACUGCCGAGUGAAAUUUACGGGACUAGCUAGCUAGCUACACAUCUUACAAAUUGCUAGAAUACAAAAUAAGUUUAUAAGAUUAUUUAUUUCUAUUUCUCCUCUUGUUAAUUUGUAUAUUUUUUGGCGAUGUCCACUCCUGAAGUCCAGGAAACGAUGGGAGAUAAAGUAGGGCCAGCGAAUCAAAUGGAAUGUGGAGAUGCCGAAAUAACUUCUUCUGUCAAAGAUAAAGUGGAUACCGUGAUAAAGGAUGGAGCUCAAGAAAACAAGGAAAGUAACAAAAAACUGCAAAGCCCACUUCAAGAGAGGAGAGCAAAGCAUUCAGAGCCACGCAUGACCAAGACGUUCCUUAAAGACCAUUGUAAGCAGAACAAACUUUACUCAACGCCUUGCCUGAAUGACACACUGUACCUGCAUUUCAAAGGUUUCUCCGCCAUUGAGAACCUAGAGGAGUACACAGGACUGAAGUGUCUCUGGCUGGAAAGCAAUGGGCUCCAACGCAUUGAGAACCUGGACGCCCAGACUGAUCUGCGCUCCUUGUUCCUUCAGCAGAACCUCAUAUACAAGCUGGAAAACCUUGAACCUCUGAAAAAGCUCUGCACCCUUAAUGUCUCCAACAACUUCAUACACAUUAUAGAGAACAUCUCCUUCCUUCCUGACCUGAGCACUCUGCAGAUAGCCCAUAACAAGCUGGAGACUGUGGGGGACAUAGAGCAUCUGAGUCAGUGUCUGGUAAUCAGUGUGCUGGACAUGUCUCACAAUCUGUUACAUGACCCUGAGAUCCUCCUGGUACUUGAGGCCAUGCCAGAACUGCGUGUGCUAAAUCUAAUGGGAAAUGAGGUGGUGAAAAAGAUCCCAAACUACAGGAAGACCAUGAUUGUGCGUCUCAAGCAGCUCACCUUCCUCGACGAUCGCCCUGUGUUCCCCAAAGACAGGGCAUGUGCAGAGGCAUGGGCAGUGGGAGGGCUGGAAGCGGAGCGUAAAGAGAGGGAGCAAUGGGAAACACGAGAGAGGAGGAAAAUUCAGGACAGCUUGGACGGCAUUGCAAACAUUCGAAAGAAAGCCCAGGAGAGACAACGCCUUCGAGAGCUACAGGAGAAAGGGGUGACUGAGGCUUCCAGCACUCCAGAGACUCCAUGUGAGGAAAAGGACACCCAGAUGAUCCAAGUCUUUGUGCAGGACUGCCUGGAUGCCCAUGAAGAGUUCUUGCAGAGUCAAUCAACACAGGGGCCCAAAGAACACCAGUCCAACUGCGAACAUCUUAAAGCAGAGCAGCCAGGUCAAGGUUUACAGAGGGAACCGUUAGGGAAAGGUGAGCAGGAGAAAUCACAGAUAAAGGUGACCGUGACACAAGAGGAAGAGGGGGUGAAUCCAGAGCACUCCACACAAGAGCAAGAAAGCAUUGCAGGAAAGAUGCUAGAGACGGAAACACAGGAAGAUAAACAACAAAACCAGUCACGUGGAAUCCAGUUAAUAAGAAACGACGAAGCGGAGAGAGAGCAGGCAAACAUGAGUGAGCGGUUUGAAAGGGAACAGCCUUCUAUGGUCAGGGCAGAUGAGGUUGUACCAGCACAUGGUCCCGGGCCACUGGUUACAGAGCUGGAGGAUGCAGACCAGCUGGAAACCAUUCACCUUCCACUACGUCGCUCACUGCAUAUUGAUGACCUGCCUGAUCUGGAGGACGUGGACACAGAGGACUUCACAGCAAUGUUCUCUUUUCAGCAAGUGCUCAAACCUAAAAUAGAGGUCAUAUCAGGAGGCAGUGAUGAGGAUGAGCCAAUCGGGAGUCAGAGUGAGGGCAUCCCCGCCUUUGGUCCAGAUAAAAAUUCAAUGCUCUUAAGAGGCUGUAACAAAUCAACCGGGGUCUCUAACAAUUCUUCAUCAUUGGUGUAUCCAGAAGAAGGGGAUACCCGUGAGCCACUCAUUUUUGAACCAGUGGGAAACUCCAAACCAAACCCAACCCCUUCUCCACCACGCUGCCUGAUUGAGGAGCUGGAAUGA